GCAGGACAGAAUGGAGCCCACCUUGCUCUGUGUGUUACUCUUGCUGAAUACAUACAUCAACUCUGGACACUCUGAAGAUGAUGCUCUUCCCAAAACUACUCUGACUGUGAAGCCAAACCCUGCAUUCACUGGAGAGACAGUCACUCUGAUGUGUUCAGUUACGUAUGACAGUAGACGGAACUAUCAGUGGUACAAAGACUGGAAUUAUAAUGUAGUGUCCCAGUCUGUCAGACACACUAUAACAGGAGACACCUUCACUAUCAGUAGAGCUGCUGAGUCUGACCAGGGUCAGUACUGGUGUGAAGGGAACAGAGCGUCUAGACCCAUAUCUUCACAACCAAGUGAUCCUGUCACUCUCACUGUAAAAGCUCUUCCCAAAACUACUCUGACUGUGAAGCCAAACCCUGCAUUCACUGGAGAGACAGUCACUCUGAUGUGUUCAGUUACGUAUGACAGUAGACGGAACUAUCAGUGGUACAAAGACUGGAAUUAUAAUGUAGUGUCCCAGUCUGUCAGACACACUAUAACAGGAGACACCUUCACUAUCAGUAGAGCUGCUGAGUCUGACCAGGGUCAGUACUGGUGUGAAGGGAACAGAGCGUCUAGACCCAUAUCUUCACAACCAAGUGAUCCUGUCACUCUCACUGUAAAAGCUCUUCCCAAAACUACUCUGACUGUGAAGCCAAACCCUGCAUUCACUGGAGAGACAGUCACUCUGAUGUGUUCAGUUACGUAUGACAGUAGACGGAACUAUCAGUGGUACAAAGACUGGAAUUAUAAUGUAGUGUCCCAGUCUGUCAGACACACUAUAACAGGAGACACCUUCACUAUCAGUAGAGCUGCUGAGUCUGACCAGGGUCAGUACUGGUGUGAAGGGAACAGAGCGUCUAGACCCAUAUCUUCACAACCAAGUGAUCCUGUCACUCUCACUGUAAAAGCUCUUCCCAAAACUACUCUGACUGUGAAGCCAAACCCUGCAUUCACUGGAGAGACAGUCACUCUGAUGUGUUCAGUUACGUAUGACAGUAGACGGAACUAUCAGUGGUACAAAGACUGGAAUUAUAAUGUAGUGUCCCAGUCUGUCAGACACACUAUAACAGGAGACACCUUCACUAUCAGUAGAGCUGCUGAGUCUGACCAGGGUCAGUACUGGUGUGAAGGGAACAGAGCGUCUAGACCCAUAUCUUCACAACCAAGUGAUCCUGUCACUCUCACUGUAAAAGAUUAUCAGCCGUCGACAUCACUGACUUCAGACAAAGAGGACGUAUUCACAGGAGACAGAGUGACACUGAGCUGUACUGUAGAGUCUCCUGGAUGGAAGAUUUACUGGUACAGACAUAGACCAGACUCUACACCAGUAACCACAACCUCUGGAUACUCCUACACACUCAGCUGGGUCAGGGUCUCUGAUGGAGGACAGUACUGGUGCAGAGCUGGGAGAGGAGACCCAGUCUACUACACUCUGUACAGUGACCCAGUCCAGAUAAACAUUACUGAGAGGCCUGUUGCUGUUCUGACCCUCCAACCUAACUGGACCCAGAUAUUCAUUAGAGAGACUGUUACUAUGAGAUGUGACAUACAGGGAGGAGGAGACUCUGACUGGAACUACAGAUGGUAUAAUAAUAGUCAGUUAGUGAUCACCUUUAACACAAAGCCUGAGUACAGAAUCAGUCCUGUCUACUGGUCUAACAGUGGUUCAUAUACCUGUGAGGGUGUAAAGGGAGACAAGUUCUCCAAGACCAGUGAUGCUGUACAACUGACUGUGUCUGAUCAACCUCAACCUGUCCUGAGUAUCUCUCCUCAGUGGCUGAACCCUGGAGACUCGGUGACUCUGAGCUGUGAAGUUGACAAGACGUCUACAGGCUGGAGGUUCUCCUGGUACAGGACUGUUCCCUACAGAGCUGGGUUACCCUCCCUAUCAGACAAGUCUUACUCUCUACAGCCCCUAUCUGACAAUGUGACUAGUGAAGACUCCUACACUCUGAUCCCUGCUGGUCCUACUCACACAGGAGGAUAUGUGUGUCGAGCUGGGAGAGGAGACCCAGUCUAUGACACACUCUACAGUGAACCUCAGUUUCUCUGGUCAGGAGAUCUGCAGCCUUCAGCGUCUCUUACAGUAAAUCCCAACACAACUCAACACUUUACAUCAAAGUCUCUCUCACUGACCUGUGAGCUGAAGGGGAACUCUACUGGAUGGAGACUGAAGAGAUACAGAGAGAGAAGAGUGAAGUCAGGGUGUGUCUCUACCUGGAGAUCAAUAACAAAAUCCACCUGCACCAUCAGAUCAUUGACAACAUGGUACAGUGGAGUGUUCUGGUGUGAGUCUGGAUCAGGAGAGUACAGUAAUGCUGUCAACAUCACAGUAAAUGAUGGUGAUGUGAUCCUGGAGAGUCCUGUCCAUCCUGUGACUGAAGGAGACUCUGUGACUCUGACCUGUACAUUUAGACAUCAGGGAACAAAUCCUAAACUCAAUACUGAUUUCUACAAAGAUGGAACACUCAUCAAGAAUGAGACCACAGGAGAGAUGACCAUCCCUACAGUAUCCAAGUCAGAUGAAGGAUUCUAUAAGUGUAAAUCUGGUGAAGGAGAAUCACCAGAGAGCUGGGUGACAGUGAGAGGUGACAAAAUGUUCGUAGCUCCUGGAUCCUCUACAUCAGUCCUAGUAGGAGUGGUUGUGGGUCUGCUUUUUGCUGGUGUUCUACUGGUCAUUCUCCUGGUCUUGCUGGUGAGAUAUCAAAACAGAAAAGGUUCCUGUUUCAACAGAAUAUUCCGGCCCACUCAGCCUCAGAGCACCAACCAUGACCCCCAACAGGACCAAGGAUCUACCCAGGAUGUUGCUGGUGCUUCUGCUGCUGGACCAAGUCAUAUGACUUACGCCCAGAUUCAACUGAAAAAGUUGGACAAGAAAAAGAAAGAAAAGAGAAAUGAUCCUAAAGACUAUCCAGUCUACUCUGAGGUGAAGACAGGGAAAGCCACUGGUAAGACCCAUUCUACAGCAGCAGCAAGACCUGUUGAUGUGACUUAUGUUGAGGUUGACCUCCAAAAGAAGAUCAAAACCAAGAAGAAGAGAGAAAAAGCAACCCCACCUGAGCCAGAAUCUGUCUAUUCUCUAGUGAAGCCAUACACAGCCCCCGCAGCUGGACCUGUUGAUGUGACCUAUGCUGAGGUUGAUCUCCAAAAGAAGAACAAAGCCAAGAAGAAGAGAGAAAGAGCAACCCCACCAGAGGCAGAUUCAGUCUAUUCUCGAUUGAAGCCACGCUAAUGCCCCGGUCCUUGAGGGAGAUGGAGGGAUAAAUAACUUUGUGUGGUGAUAUGUUAGAGGUCCUUGUGGGAGAUGGAGGGACACUUCAUCAGAGGAGGAGCGGGAUAAACCUGGGAAUAUGGAUUAUGCACACACACACACACGCAAGUGCACCCACGCGCAAGCGCACCCACGCAAGCGCCCUCACACAUACACAUAAGGAUUUAUAUGUAUAUAUAACAACAUAUAUAUUUGAUUUAAUAUUGGUUUUUGUGUAUAACUGCAACAGCUUUUUAAACAAUGACAUGGUGUUGUGGAUAUUAUCUGCAGCUACAGUAAUUGUAUAAAAAAAGAUUAACUAUACAUUUUGAGAAUAAUGAAACUGGAAGGGAUGAUAGAUGAUCAGGGAAGCAGAUCUGAUGACACCGAGGUCUGAGGAAGCAUUGACGGUCUGAUGAUCCUAUGAACAGAGGGAGCCGCUCAGAGUAGAAAGACAGUCAGGGUCCGUAGCCUCAGCAGCGCACCAUGCUGGUGAUGCUUAGCUUAGCUGGCUAGCCACUCCUCUCCACUAACUCUAUGUAGCACCCACUUGGGUGAUGCUAUUAUGCUGCCACAAAGAUGCUGGAAGAAUAACAUUAGCAGUUAGAGUAUCUUAUCCAUUAGUCCCAGCCAUCUCCUCAUGCAGUCCUCUCACUUCUUCUGCUUCUCUCCAGUGUUGUGACAUUCUAGUCCAUUCACAUACACAUAGUCUCCAAGCUAGCUUGUUAGAUAGCAAUUGAGCCAAAACUGGCAAAUUCGAACUUUAAAAUCAUUAUUGAUGACCAAUUAAUUAUGGAUUCUAAAUUACCAAUCAAAAAACAAAAAGCUGAUAGAAAAAUGGCCAAACAAAAAAACUUAAAGGCCCAGUGCAGUCAAAAAAUGUGAUAUCCUGUGUUGUGUGUAUAUACACUGAGUAUACCAGACAUUAGGAACUACUGCCUAAUAUUCAGUUUGCCCCUUCCCACUCAGUCCACUCCCAGACAUUCAUAGCAUCAUUCUUGUUUGACAAAUUGCUCUUUGCUUAGAAUUUUUUUUGUAAAUGUUUUACCACAAUCACAGUAAGAUUCUUACUUGUUACCCAGAAAUUAUUUGAUAUCGAGAUAAAAGUGGACCUUUAAAGACCACUAAAUAUGAUUAAAUGUACAAAACAUUUAUGAGAACGAUCAUCCAUGGCUUCCAUAGCGGCACCAUCGUGGCUAUUUUUAUUUAUUGUUUAUGUUGUCAAUGUCUGAAAUGUAUUAUCUUUGAUUCAUUUUUCUGUCAUCACAUGAUAUAAUAACAUUUUUCUUUAUGAUUUUUACAGAAUACUUUCAGUAUUAUACAUGGUUUUUUUCUAUUCAACUGUACUUUUUCAAUAUCUUUGCAUUGCGCUUUUUUAAUAAACUUAAGUUUUUCAUCCACAA